CACACACACACACACACACACACACACACACAGUCCAGCCAAACGAGGUUUGCCUGGUCUUGUUCUCCUUUGUUUGUCCAGACUCCUGAGAAACGACAUGAAGUGGGGGCUCAGCUUGACAAUCAUUCUUCCGCCCGGGGCUCUCUCUCAGCCACACCCGCCCCCGCUCACCACAAAGACUCUGGGCCAGCCAGUUCUUUCAGGUUGAGUGAGCUGCAUAGCCGGUCUGCAUGCUGCCUGGCUGUUGUCUGCACUGUGUGCUCUGCGCUGCUCCUGGACGGUCAGCAUGGCUCUCAACGUCCCGGGACUGAUAGUCACCAUCAUAUUCUACCUGCUGGUGCUGGGGAUCGGUAUCUGGGCUUCCAUCAAAUCCAAAAGGGAUGAAAACAGGACGCAGGCAGACCAUGCAGACAUGGCCCUGCUGGGGAACAGAAAAAUCAGCCUGGUAGUUGGCAUCUUCACUACGACCGCCACCUGGGUUGGCGGGACCUUCAUCAUCGGCACAGCGGAGACCGUGUACAACCCAAAGCUGGGCCUGAUUUGGGCCGUGAUGCCGUUAGCAGCAACGUUGGCCUUCACUGUCGGCGGCCUCUUCUUCGCCGAGCCCAUGAGAGACAGGAAGUAUGUGACCAUGAUGGAUCCUUUCCAGAUCAAGUACGGAAACGGACUGAGCGGACUCCUGUCCGUCGCCCCGCUCAUGUCAGAAAUCAUUUGGGUGACUUCAACGCUCAUAAGUUUGGGUGUAACCAUGAGUGUGAUCCUGGACUUGUCCUACGCUGUGUGUAUCUGGAUCUCUGCAGCUGUGGCCAUCACCUACACUCUGCUGGGAGGCCUCUACUCUGUGGCCUACACAGACAUCAUACAGCUCUCUCUCAUUUUUAUCACCUCGUGGCUGUGCGUCCCUUUCGUCCUCAUGAACCCGGCGUCCGUCGACAUCACCACCACGUCCUUCAACCACACCUUCCAGGCUCCGUGGGUCGGCUCUCUGACCGCAGACAGAGCCUGGAGGUGGAUCGACAUCUUUUUGCUCCUGAGUAUAGGAGACCUCGGUUUUCAGGACUUCCACCAGAGGACGCUGUCGGCCUCCUCCUCAGCCACGGCCAAGCUGCGAUGUUACGCUGCCGCAGUUCUCAUCCCCACCUUCGGAAUUCCUCCUGUGCUCAUCGGGGCAGCGGCGGCAUCGACAGACUGGAACGUGACCUCGUACGGAUCGCCGCCUCCGUUUGAACGAGGUCAGACAGGUCUGAUUUUACCCCUCUCCCUGCAACACCUGACCCCGCCCUACAUCUCCGUCGUCGGCAUCGGAGCUGUGGCCGCCGCCGUGAUGUCAUCAACGGACUCUGCCCUGCUGUCUGCGGCCUCCAUCUUCUCCUCGAAUAUCUACAAGAAGAACCUGAGGACCGAGGCGUCAGAGAACGAGAUCCGGUGGGUGAUCCGAAUCGCUGUGGUUGCGUUCGGCCUGGCGGGUACGUCGCUCACCUUCCUGCACACCGGUGUUAUGGCUUUCUGGGUCCUGGGUGGAGAAAUCGCCUACAUUAUGAUGUUCCCGCAGCUGGUCUGCGUGCUCUUCUUCAACGUCUCCAAUGGUUACGGUGCCACUGUGGGAUUCCUGGCCGGGUUUCUCUUAAGACUUCUGUGCGGCGAGCCGUUGCUAGGGCUACCGCCUGUCAUCCACUUCCCAGGAUGCACCCUUGAAGAAGGUGUUUACGUUCAGUAUUCCCCCAUCAGGACCAUCUGUAUGCUGACGGCGUUUGCCACCAUUUUGCUGGUCUCCUACCUGGCUUCUCUGCUCUUCAACAAAGGACUGAUACCCGAGCAGUGGGAUGCGUUUAAAGUCAUUGCCCGACCACAGACUCAGAUACCAACAGGUGGCGCCAGCAGCAAUGAAAACAACUUACAACCUCUGUGUGAGAACGGAACCGCCUCAGAUCCGAUGGUGGAAUCAACGUGUUGAAAAACACUAACUUAACACUAACAACAUGUACCUCGAUAAAACUAUAUCAUGAACAGAUUAUAAAAUAUGAUGGAUUGUGAUAAAUUACACUAUGAACAAAGUUGGUUUUCUUUGGGAUCAAACAGUCCAGAUCUCCUCAUGUUUACAAUAGAAAAAAAUGAAGAGGUAUGCGAACACUAACUCACAAUAUUAACUAAAUACUGUUGCUUCAUUAAUCAAUUUGUGCAGUGGAAAACAACAGCUGUAUGGCACUGUCAGCUGUCACGUCACUCAGCUGUUGGUGGCUGCUGGAGUUAACACCAACAUGUCCAGUCACAUCAUCAAUUGCAAAAAAAUAAACACCUUUUCUUACCUGAAGCUCUUCGUCAACGUCUUGCAGGUCGCACACACCUUUAACUUCACUUCAUGUUUUUAGCAGCUUAAACUUUCUGUGGCGCCAGAGAUGUGAGGAGACAAGACAAAGUGUGUCCCUUUGAAUGGUUCAUUAAUGAUUUAAAAUGUAGGGUUUUCAUCUCUUAGAUUAAUGCACUGUGGCAAAGCAAGGGGAAUGUGUAAGGAUAUAUCUCACUUCUUGUUGUUGUGAUGUAUAUUUCUCCCCCUUCGUAGGUCAAAAGUACAACGAUGGAGUGAAUUGAUGGUAAACUCUUUUGCAGUUACUAGUCUUGCCGCUAAAUGUCGCCAGCUGUUUGCUCCUUCGUUCCUACGUUCCACCUGUGGGUGGGUGUACCACUCUAAGCGGUCCGACUAUAAUGUUGUGAGCCACAUUAGUUCCAGCUUUCGCGUCAGCGCCGUAUCGUCGCAGAUAAUCAAUUAUGGGCAGGCUCAGAGUUACAGGGGCUUUUAUAUCUACCCAUCCAUCCAUCCAUCCAUCCAUCCAUCCAUCCAUCCAUCCAUCCAUCCAUCUACUAACUGCCGAAUCGGAAGCUCCUUCAGCACCAUUAAGCGAACUGAUGAUUUUAUGAAAUGCUAAAAGCAGUGAGGGUGAUGUCAUCAACUUUGUGAGGCUGGUGUGUCCAGCUGUUUAGAGCAACAACAGGAGUAAGAGACAGGGCUGUUUGAGCCGCAAGAACAUACAUCCAGGAAACCAGCCGUAAGAUGACGUCUGAAUACCCCACUGAUUUCUUGGCUGUGUUGUUCUGGAUGAACAUCGGCGCUGGCAUUUCUUUGACUUUACUGGCCAUCUGUUCUCUGUGUUGCCAGCCUCGAAAGGAUCAGCUCCCCAUCACCUAUGUCGCAAACCUCCUCAUCUCCAAUCUGUUUCAAAUGUGCUCCACCAUCCUCUGGGAGAUACAACUCCCAGGAGAGGCUGGGUUUUGGAUUUCACUGAUGAUCUCUGUAUUAAUUUUGUGCUAUGGUGUCCUGACCAGUUUCUGCUUCAGGAUUUGUGUCGCGCUGGAAAGGUACAUGGUGAUCGCCUUUCCAGAACAGAACUGCAUCAGACGACUCAGGACUUCUGUGUUGGUCUGUGCCGCGAUCUGGAUCCUUGUAUUUUUCAUAUUUUUUUUUGCCAUUUCCUCCUCGCAAUAUUUGAUCAUCCCCUUCCUCAUCCUCGUACCUUUCCCCGUGUUCAUCGUCUGUCUGGUUUUGACCCUCAGAGCGCUGCCUGCUGCCACCUAUGUGCCCGCUGAGGAAAAACAAAAAAUUGUGGGAGUUUUGGUUCUGUUGCUGGUUAAUUACACUCUGCUGAUCCUUCCUGCAAUCAUUAUCCUUAUUUUAAUGAUUUUGGAUCACUCUAAUAUUUCAGGGUUCGUUCUGCCCCUGAUUCAGCUCAGUGUUUAUUUGGACUUGAUUCUGGUUGUUCUCAUGCGGGAAGGGCCCGUCAACAAGUUGCUGGCGCGCCUGUGCUGCUGCAGGACGGACGACGUUGCAGAACGUUCUGGUCUGAGGUUCCCUGGUGGUGGAACAAACUACCAAACACUGCCAGAGGAGGAGCGAUCCUCUGCAUCAUCAACAGUCUCUUGAAGACUCGUCUCUUCAGAGAGCAGCUCGUCUCCUAACAGCUCUAACAUUCCUAACUAGCUCUGACUUUGCACUUUCACUGCCCUUCUUUACUUGAUGUCCUUGCACUUAUUAAAUAGAUGUAGUACUCAGUACUUACGCCAAGGUUUCUUACUGCACUGAGGCUUUAGUGACGUCCCUCACUUGUAAGUCGCUUCGGAUAAAAGCAUCUGACAAAGUAUUUGUAAUGUGCAUGUCAGUUCAUAUGCAUAUUGUUUUGUUUUCAAUGUGCAAAUAUCAAAUAAUUAAUAACAUUCAAUUUGUUAAUUAUUUUUUAUUUUAGUGGUUUUGCUUUUUCAUGUUUGCGAGCAUGAGCUGUGUGUCAUUUUUGUGGAUGCUGGACCCCAGAACACAUAAAGAAGGGGCUGGAUUGAAUUGUGUCGGCUGCUCUGCAGUUUGAAUCAUAAUUUUGAUAUUUGUUAUUAUUCAGUGAAUGUAAAGUAAAUAUACAAAAAUAAAAGAUUGCACCUGGAGAAGAUGAAACGUGGUUAAGUAUUUGCUUUCUGAAAUAUUGGUUGCUAAUUCAAGAAUAAUUAAACGGGGGAAAAAAAAUCUCAUUCACUUGCGUUCCUGCACCAUUCAGGUAU